UUGCAACACACUCUCUAAUCCUUAACCACAAACAUGAAAGAUUCCGAAUAAUUCACUCAGCAUCCCUCCAUUGUUUACUUGCGGUAAGCAGGACUGCCGAUGCAAUAUACCAAGAGCCCUGGUCGUGGUAAAUCACACCGUCCGUGGGUCGACGAAGAGCCAUCAACAUUGAUUCCACCUCGCAUUCCUCCAGGAGAUGCACAUAUCAUGGUUCAAGUUCAUCACUACUAUAUGAUUGGCCAGAAUCAAAGGAGGCUGCCAAGCUUCCCGCCCAAAAAGCACAGCCUCGCUCAGCCUUCCAAUCUCACAAUUAGAACAACUUCGCCAACUCUGGCCAUGCACCCCUUGAAUCCUUAAUUCAGCCUUCCAUGUUUCAUGAUUUACACCUGCAAAUAUAUCAAAAUGAAGUCUCCUCAUUCUGCUAGUCCCUCUCUUUCCGUAUUUCUUCUCUCCC